AUGCUGCAGCCGAUUUACGCCCUCCAGACGGGACCACCACACUCCACUCCCCCGGUGCCCGAGUGGGGACAUCUUCCGUUGGACAUUUACAUGCUGGAGCAAUGGCACGUACCCCAUCCGCAUUCUGCGUGGGAGACUGUCCAAGGGCGCUGUCGUCGCUUGGCACGCCAGUUUAUGCAACUCGGGGCGAUUCGCAGAGAACCCUACAUCCGACGCACUGAUCCCCAUUCUCCACUCUACUCCCCUGCACGCCCGACAGAGGAACAGAUCGAGCAUAUCCUCCGCCCCUACCGUCCAGAUGGCCUCCGCCGUUUUGCUCUAGCGGCGGGCAUCAAUCCUAUCUGGAUGCGCAUCUGCUACGAUGCCGACAGCCCAGACGCGCACGACGCAAUCUGGAGGGAAUUCAUGUGCGAAAAAUACCAAGCAGCAUGUCCCGGCUCGCUUAUCUUCAACGAUCCCACCACAUUUGGAACCGAUAACGUCGACUUGGCGCUGGAGGCUUUCCCCGAGCGAGUAAUUAACACCUCCAGGCCUGAGUACGCACACGUACGAGAAGCUGCGCUGCAGUGUUUACGCGGGGGAGACACCAGUCGCUGGACGAGACUCGAAGGCCAGUACGAAGACAUCCUUGAUCAGGAUGAAAUCGACGCAAUAGUUAUUCGGGAACGAUUUGUCUCAUACCAUAUUGCUUGUAUUGUGACGUAUAUCUUAGUCGAAGAUAUGGGCACUCUGAUGGGUGACGGAGUGUUGCUCGUUUUCCUGGAUGACAUGGGGAAUGUCGUGCGCCAGGAUCGCAUGAGUCCGGAGCAGGUUGACAAUUUUGAGAUCAAAUGGAGAACUGGACGGUGGAAGUAUUAUGCUGAGAGAUAUGCUCAGGAGGUCGGCCCGGCUUAUUUGAAUGGAGGCGUGCGUGGUCCGCCGUACUGGUAG